AUGGCUGAAGUCGCGGAUAUCACUGAUGUCUUGCUCAAAUCGACCAAUGGACAGAAACUAGCGACAAUUUUGAACACUCCCGCUGUCGUGAAGCACUUUAGGUACCUUUUGAUCACGGAUCAGCCGUCCGAACGCCCAGAGUCUGGCCCCCUCCCCGCCAACCAACGGGAACGUCACUUGCUAUUGUCUCUCUCAGUGCCUGAACCUAAUGAAGCAAAAGACACUGUGGCACUUGUCAAGGAAGUGUUCGCUCUCGUCGACCUGAUUGAUCAAAAGCCUGGAUUCAAGGUCGAGACGUACAAAAAAUUGAAAAAGACUCGAGUUGAUCUGGACGUUGAGCUCGCCAAAGAAGCAGAGAAAGAGAAGCGAGACGAGGCCGAAGAAAAGAGAGCGGCCGAGAAGAGGAAAGCAGCAGAAGAGCGUCUCGCGCGGUUGAGUGCAGCGGAACAAAAGAAGUAUGAAGAACGUGAACGAAAAAAGGCAGCGAAGAAAGCUCAAGGUAAGAUGAUACGCAAGUAA